AUGUGUGUAGCUGAGAUGCCAGAGACAUCUUAUCUGGGAUUGCCUCACCAGUCCGAACACAUGUUGCUUGAAACUUGGUUAACAAAUUCCAGUGCGGCUAAACGGGAAAAGAGAAGUCAAUGUGGGGACAAGUUUGGAAGCAGGAGGAAGAAGGUUUUCCACAUCCUCGCCAUGCUUUUGCUGGGAUCACCAAACUUUAUCAGCCACAGCUUUGCAAGGCUGUUCCCUAAAGGAGAUUGGAAGGUGACCAUUGUCACUGGGGAUCUUGAAAAUGCCGGCACUACAGCAACAGUAUCUCUUUAUGUCUAUGGAGAAGCAACAUGUUCAGGUCCUAUUAUUUUGGGAUCUGGAAAAUACCAGCUGUUUAACCCUAACAGUGCAGAUAUAUUCAAGAUUAAUCUUAAAGAUAUUGGUGAAAUCUAUAAAAUACGCAUUGGACAUGACAACAGUGGAAAGGAUCCUGCAUGGUAUCUGGAAGAAAUUAGGCUUGAAAAUAUAGAUACAUGUGAGGUGUAUUGUCUAGCUGUUGACUCCUGGAUAGCUGAGAAUGAAAAUGGUGGAGAUCUAUGGAAAGAAGUGCCAAUGGCAAGAACUAAUAAAGCAUCUUUACCAGUGGUGGUUUAUGAGAUCUACAUGUACACGGGCAGGAAGCCAGGUGCAGAGACGGGGUCUAACGUGGUCAUCAACCUCAUUGGCACCAGAGGAGAUUCAGGGAACCGAAGGCUUCAUCAAUCCCAAAAUAACACAGUCAAGUUUCGGCGUGGACAGAAGCUUCGAAGCAGGAAGCCAAUCAGAGAGUGGCCAGGGGGAGCCCCAGAUGCCACACGGAGAUUUGGAAGGUCUCAGAGGGCUGGGAUUCGGUCUGCACCCAGCAGUAAAGAGGCCUUCACAAACUUCCACUUGCCAAGUGGGACCUUUAU